AUGGUGUCCCAGACAAAACAGCCAAGGGCAAGCGCUCCAGCUGCCUCAUCACGCUCUACGUCGACCACGACGGUCUCAAAGGCGGCGAAACGAGCCAGUCUCAACGUCAAGCCAGCCACCAGCGUCCCAGGGCCAGCAAACCUCGCUGGUGACGUGCAGCCAGCGCCCAUUGCACCUCAAGUUGGGCCUACAGGAUCAAAUCUUGCCAUGCAGGCUAGACACGACCACACCGGUCCAUUUGCAGAUCACCCAAAGUUUAUCCCCUCACCAAAGAAAACAGUUGUAUCUCGCAAGACGGUGAAGACGCGUCCUCUGAAGAAACAUCCAAAGGCCGCAAAGAAAAACAAUGGAAAGCCAUGGUCCGAGGUGAUCCAACUUCUCACUCGGAUUCUCUUCGUCCUCUUCAGUAUCUAUUCUCUCUUCGUUUGCCCUCAUGACCCCAAACUCCAAUCACCUGUUUGCCGUGGCCUAGAUUAUUACCGACGAACUGUGGUGGAUCCUUAUAUCCUUCCUCCUCUCCGUGCUGUUGCAUUGCAUCCAGCCGUCGCCCCUCAAAUUGAGCGAGUUCGGCCGUAUGUUGAACAAGCAACGGAUGUCGCCAGGACCCAGUACAACCUCAUCUAUGACCGCGCUGUGCUGGAGAGUCAGCCUUAUGUUCAUUUGGCAAAGCAACAGUAUCACGCCCGGCUCCGUCCACAUGUACGCCUGAUGGAGUACAAUCUCCGAAAGUACCGACGACAAGCCCAGCCAUAUAUCAGUCUUGUGACAACAAAGGCGAUCGAAGGGUGGAAAAUGGCCCAACCUGUGGUCGCACCGCUUGUGCACAAAGCUCAAGAGGUUCCCAUCUUCCUCCAAACGUUCAUUGCGAAGCCCCUUGAACAAGGAAAGGAGAAAUGGGUGGAUCCACAGGUUCGCAAGAUUGUGGACAAAGUUCAUGAGAUGAGCAUCAAUGCCGCCAACGUUUCGGAGGACAAGGUCAUCCUAAACGACGAAACGGCAGCGACGACUGGAACGGCAACCUUUUACUCGUCUCCGUCCGAACUCCCAACGGCCUCAAUCACAGAACAAACCGCCACUGUGAGUUCGUCGGUACCUCCUGAACCAACAGUUCCGGAACCAGCUGUGCAUGACCCGACAUCAUCUACCACACUAGAUGCAGCCACAACUGCAGCGACUGCAGCGCCUGAAGCGACCGAGACCAUGGAUCCCUUGGACCAGCCACUCUACAACCCCAACUACCACGACGACGUCGAGGACCUCGACUUCUGGCAAGAAUUGGAAGAGUGGUUGUCCGAAUCUAUCCUCACGACGGAGAUUCAGUCGACCACCGUUACGAGCGCAAUCCCUAAGCCGACCAAGCUGACACCAGAACAGAAGGCAGAGCGUGAUCGGAAGGAAAAGGAGGAGACUGCCAUCAAGCGCAAGGAUAUCAUGGCUAGGCACGACAAAUGGGAAGAGCAGCUCGAGGCCUUGAUCACGUCCAAGAUAGAUACGCUUGCUGAGGAACUCAGAAAAGGCCGCGAAGUCGGUGUAAAGCAGCUCCAGUCACACCGUGGAAUCAACAGGCACAAGACCAACAUGGAAUUGUCACUGAAUCAUGCCGUCAGAAGUACCAGAGCAACUCUCGACAAGAUGCGAGAACACUGGGAGGACAGAUACGGCGAGGUGGAUGAAGAUUUUGCAGACAAGAUGCCCCGCUGGGCACAGACUCUUGAAGAUUUGGAGUUUGCAUUCGACAAGGAGGCCCGCAAAAUGAACGACGAAAUCUCCAACUGGAUCACUGUCUGGAUGAAGCGAGAGUCUGAACAGGUCGCGUCUGCGGUAGCCGCCAUCAAAGAGUUAGCCGACAAGGCCCAGGCAGACCUCAUCGGGGACUAUGCUUGGUUGAACGAUGUGACAUACAGGGACUGGGAGCGCUAUCACAAACUCAUGUUCCGCAGCCAAGAAGCGGAAGAAGAUAUCGGAAAGCUUUUUAACGGCAAGUUGGAGUCUAAGCCGCUCCCAAAUCCGAUCAAUGAAGCUAUGGCAAAGCUAAGUGCGGAGACGAAGUCGAUUACGGAGAAGUACAGGGCUGGCGUCAACAAAAUCCGUCAGGAAGGCUGGAAGUACCUUCUAGGAGACUCUGUCAGCCACGACAAGAUUCAACGUAGUGAUCCAGCCAAAGUUGUUGUUCCAGACAUUCCAGCCGUCGAGCCAGGGUUCACUAUCCUCCCAACGGACCCUGAAGAAACCGGAGAGGGCAUCAUCGAAGGCGCAGAGGCAUUUAUCGGAAAGGGCAAGGAGCAGGUCCAGCAAGCUAUUAAGCAAGCAGAAGAGGCAGCCGCAAAGCACGAAGAGCUCUAG